CGGGCCUAGUGCGAGAGGUGGGGGUGUGGCCACAGCCCCGAGACGAGCUCUCGCGCUGGGGGAACAUAGAUGGCUGGAGACAAAAUCUAGAGCCUUCAAAAAAUGUGGAGAUGUUUCCACCUUCAGGUUCCAAGGGGUUGAUUCCCCCUUCCCACUUCCAAGCUCGGCCCCUUUCAACAUCGCCAAGAAUGGCUCCCACCUGGAUCUCAGACAUUUCCCUGGUCCCACCCCCAGCCCAUCAAGAUAUCUCAGGGAGAUGGCUGGACACUCAGAGAUCUCAAAUGACCAUGAGGGAACAAGAUGUUUCUGGUGAUAGGCAGGAGCCAGGGUGGAGAGGCAGAUCCCUGGAGCUGGAGGGGUCACAAGCCCUGAGCCAUCAGGCUGUGCUGAUCUCUCGGCAGCUGCAAGAGCUGCAGCGGCUGGAAGAGGAGGUCCGUGUCUUGCGGGAGACCUCACUGCAGCAGAAUAUGAGGCUGGAGGCCCAGACCACGGAGCUAGAGGCUCUGGCACGGGCAGAGAAGGCUGGUCGAGUGGAGGCCGAGGGCCUGCGUGCUGCUUUGGCCGGGGCUGAGGUCGUCCGGAAGAACCUGGAAGAGGGGAGCAAGCGAGAACUGGAGGAGUUUCAGAGGCUACAUGAAGAGCAGCUGUCCUCCUUGACACAGGCUCACCAGGAGGCUCUUUCCAGUUUGAACAACAAGGCCGAGGGCUUGGAGAAGUCUCUAAGUAGUCUGGAAACCAGGCGGGCAGGGGAAGUGAAGGAGCUGGCUGUGGCCCAAGGGGAGGCCGAGCAGCUGCGGAAGCAGCUGAGCAAGACCCAAGAAGACUUGGAGGCACAGGUGACCCUGGUUGAGAAUCUAAGAAAAUAUGUGGGAGAACAAGUUCCUACCAAUGGCCACAGUCAGGUAUGGGAACCAGAGCGACAGGAGCUUCUGAAAACUGUACAGUCCCCAGGAAGAAAGGCAGUUCCUGAGGCAGGAAUGGAGGCCCUACAGAGGGGCUGCUUCCCCCACGCGCAGCACUUGCAGGAGGACCGGGACGGGCUGCACUCCACUGCUGAGCUGCUGCAGGUGCGGGUGCAGAGCCUCACACACAUCCUUGCCCUGCAGGAGGAGGAGCUGACCAGGAAGCUUCAACCUUCAGAUUCCUUGAAGCCUGAGUUUAACAGAAAGUGGCAGUCAUUGCUGAACCGCUGGCGGGAGAAGGUGUUUGCCCUCAUGGUGCAGCUUAAGACCCAGGAGCUGGAGCACAGGGACUCUGUUAAGCAGCUGAAGGGACAGUUGGCAGAGCUCCAGGAGCAAGUGACAGCCCAGAGCCAGGAGCAGGCCAUCCUGCAGCGCUCCCUUCAGGACAGAGCCACAGAGGUGGAGGUGGAGCGGAUGGGUGCCAAGGCCCUGCAGAUGGAGCUGAGCCGUGCCCAGGAGGCCAGGCGCCAGUGGCAGCAGCAGACAGCCGUGGCUGAGGAGCAGCUAAAGCUUGUGGCCAAUGCUGUCAACAGCUCUCAGAUCUGGGUCCAGAGCACCGUGGCUAAGAUGGAACAGGCUGCAGCCCGGCUUCCCAGCCUCAGCAACCGACUCAGCUAUGCAGUCCGAAAAGUCCACACCAUUCAAGGCCUGAUGGCUCGAAAGCUGGCCCUUGCUCAGCUGCGCCAAGAGAGCUGUCCCCCACUCCCACCCCCAACCCCAUCAGCCACAGACAUAAGCCUUGAGUUGCAGCAGCUACGGGAAGAACGGAACCGCCUGGAUGCAGAACUGCAGCUGAGUGCACAUCUUAUCCAGCAGGAGGUGGGCCGGGCCCGGGAGCAAGGGGAGGCAGAGCGGCAGCAACUGAGCAAGGUGGCCCAGCAGCUGGAGCUGGAGCUGCAGCAGACCCAGGAGUCUUUGGCCAAUGUGGGGCUGCAGCUGGAAGCAGCUCGCCAGGGACAGCAGGAGAGCACGGAAGAGGCUGCCAGUCUCCGGCAGGAGCUGACUCAACAGCAGGAGAUCUACAGGCAAGCUCUGCAAGAGAAGGUGGCCGAAGUGGAAACUCGGCUGCGGGAGCAGCUCUCAGACACAGAGAAGAGACUGAAUGAGGCUUGGAGGGAGCAUGCAAAGGCUGUGGUCUCCCUGCGCCAGAUCCAGCACAAAGCCACCCGAGAAAAGGAGCGGAACCAGGAGCUUAGGCGUCUACAAGAGGAGGCCCGGAAAGAAGAGGCGCAGCGACUGACCCGGCGUGUGCAGGAGCUGGAGAGGGACAAGAACCUCAUGCUGGCCACCUUGCAGCAGGAGGGUCUCCUCUCCCAUUACAAGCAGCAGCGACUGUUGGCCGUUCUUCCUUCCCUGUUGGACAAGGAGAAAUCUGUGGAAUCCGGUCCCAGGCCUCUAGCACCUGCACUUCCAGCAGCAGCUCAGCCUACUCGGGAAUCCAUAAAAGGGUCCCUCUCUGUCCUGCUCGAUGACCUACAGGGCCUGAGUGAGGCCAUUUCCAGAGAAGAAGCUAUUUUACAAGGUGACAACUGGAACCCUCCAGCCCCUCUUGGACAAAGGCUGAGCAGCUAAGCAGCUGAAAGCUAGAGGGAAAGCCAGCCUGGGGUCUGGGAGGAUCCUGGAGAGUGGGGCAGGGCCAGGCCAGCCCCUUCCCCACACAGCGGCUGGUUGCGCUGGCAACACUAGCUAAGACGGAUUCUGAAUUCCGCAUCAAAUAAAGAUGACUACAAUAGGA